AUGUGGAGUGAUACCAUGCACAAUAAAAAGGUUAUCACUAGUGGCUAUGAGUCAUCACUUGAUAAAUUUAUGGUUAAAUCUCAUUCAUUUGAUCUUCAGGUGCCUGACGGUGUUAAAGUUACAACUAAAGAGAUGAGAAAAGCCGAUCAAAAGAAGAGCCUCGGAGUGGUGAAGGGAGGUAACUCUUCUAAGAAACCCAAAAAGAGAUGGACUGCUGAAGAGCACAGGCAACGAGGUCCAUGGAGUGAAGAGGAAGAUCAGAUAUUGAUUGAAGCUCAUAAGACUGUUGGCAACAAGUGGUCAGAGAUUUCCUUUGACCUCCCAGGAAGAAGCGAAAAUACUAUUAAGAACCAUUGGAAUUCCACAUUGCACCUGAAGCUCUCAAAAAAUCCACUCAACGACAGCAAACUUAAAAGCUACAUAAGCUUCAGAAGCAGCUACGAACCACCUCCCCUUCUCUCGCCAUGUGCAGCUAACAAUCCUGGUGAUCUUGGGCCAAACCGGAUUCGAAUAAGAUCCCGUUUGACUUCGUCUUUCUUUGUCACGACGGCCUGGUCCUUGAUCGAGCUGGAGCUCAUCUUUACGUCGACCAAAAUAGCUCGGAUGUUCAUUAACUGGGCUAUGACUAAGAUGCUUGGUAGCUCAUGGUCUUCCUUCUGGGCUUGA